AUUUAAUCCAAAAAGUGCAGAAUGAGCAAGCCAAGCACGAAAAGUAAAACUGGAGCGGGCAUGAAAAUGGUCCACCAAGUUUCAAAAUUUUUAAAUAAAGCAAAAAGAGUAGCCCAUUCUAACCCUGGUGCUAUAAAUGCACUUAGAGAGUCGAUUGAGUUGAAUGAGAAAAUGCGUGAAGAAAGAAGAAAGAAAAAGAAACUUCAGAAUCCUAAUUUUAAGAGGAAAAAUACAUUCUCAGACUCUUCCCAGCAAGAAAAAUCUGAAAGAAAGGAAGACUCUUCUUCCUCUUCAAGUAGUAGUUCUGGAAAUAGUUCUGGUAGUGGGAGCUCUAGUUCAGGGAGCAGUAGGUCGUCCUCCCCUACUAUCACUGAAUCUAAUAUUCAGACUAAGAAGGUAGACAGAAUUGACGAUGAACUCAGAUCAAAACAUUCACAAAUUCAAAGAAUGACUGCAAGAAAGAAGGUUUCCUCCUCGCUUGACAAAGGGAGAGGAAUUCAUUUACUCCAAAAAUUUUUGAAAUAAAUCAAAACAGAAAGAACUUCUACAAGAAUUGCCUACCGUCAGUCAAUUUGAUGGCAAAGAAGCCGACCAGAAGGAAACCAACGACAAUACCCCUAAGGAUAAACUUGAUUUAUUGUAUAAUAGCAGUUCUGCAGGGAACCAGUACGAUGAAGAGCAAGAGGAACUUGUUUUACCAAGAUUCAUGAUACAUCCAAAAUCACCAACAAUGUUUAAGAUAAAGAUGCUACGGUUAUUGACCAAGGCAUACAUUGCUAUUAUCAUCCCUUUUAGAAUCCCAUUUGAAGAAAAACCCCACGUGUUCUGGUUUAGCUGAGACGUAAUUCUUAAUUUCAUCCUCUUUAUUGAUAUUUUGAUCCAUUUUUGAACAGCCUAUGAGACCCAGAAAGGGAAGAUUAUUACAUGCAGGAAAUAAGAUGGCAAAAAGAUAUCUCAAAGGACCCUUCUUUUUUCACUUCAUGGCAUGAUUUCCAUUCACAGGGAUUCGGUAUUUCAACUCUGGAGGAAGCCAAAAUGAUACUGCUAAUUUCAUUUACCUAGAAUUCGAGCGUCUGCCUAGAUUUUAUCGAAUGUGAAGAGCUGUCAAAUUAAUUCGCUUAAUGGGUCUAGAGCAAAACUACCUUGAUUUUAUGGACAAAUUAAAGGUCUCCUUAAACACAACCAAGAUGAUUGCUAUUUUCAUUAAGCUUUUCCUGCUCUUACAUAUCAUUGCUUGUUGUUGGGCCACAUCAGCUAAUUUUGAACUCUACAGUAACACGAAUUGGCUGGUUGCGAAUGAUGUUCAAAACAAUGAUAUGUAUAACAAGUAUAUCACCGCUUUUUAUUGGGCAGUGGUCACCACAACCACAGUUGGCUAUGGUGAUAUUGUCCCUGUCAACAAAUUUGAGAUAGGUCUAGCACUGGUAAUUAUAAUCCUCGGAGUAGCCUAUUAUUCAUAUGUAAUUGGGAAUCUAUCAUUCUUAUUUGCUUCAAUUCUUGGAAAUCAGAACGAUAUUGCUAGAAGAAAAGCUCAGAUAAAGAAGUUCCUGAGUGUCCACGAUCAUCCAGAAGAAAUUGUAGACUCAAUCACAAUUCAAGAGGAAGAAAUCAUCGAAAUCAUUGAUAUUCUUCCUGCUAAUAUGCAGCUUCAAUUACUAUUAGUGCUCUACAAGGAGCCUAUCAAAGCGAUCAAGCUGCUUCAAAAUAAAGACCCCCAUUUUAUAAUAGAGUAUUUGCCUAAGCUCCAGCCGAUGAUUGUAAAGAGGGGUACUAAAAUAAUCUCCAAGAAUACUUUUCCCUCAGACAUUUUCUUUGUGUACAAAGGCUCUAUCAAGAACAUGAACAAUGACAAAGUAUUCAAUGAAGGCUCAGUAAUAGGUGAGACAGACAUUGUCUAUAACAGAGAGACUCGGGUCGAGUCCUUUGUUGCCAACAAGGAAAGCUACCUCCUCAGAUUUGACAGAUCCACUUAUGAAUCUCUCUGUGAAGACAUUCCUGAAUUCAAGAAACAAAUAGAAGAAAUUGCCCAUGCUCGUGAGGAAGCUAGGGUUCAUCAGCAAUCCUCCUUCUUUAUUGGUAACAGAGAUGAAUUCAUCGAGAAAAAGCAAAGGAUGAGACAACUUAUCAGCAAGCUUGAAGGAGGCUCUCAAUUGGAGGGAAAAGAGGAAUCUAAAGAUGCUUCAAACUCCGUAUCUGAUGAAGAGAUGUCCAGUAUCACUUCCUCAUCUGAAGAGUUCAGUAAUGACUCUGAAGAAGCUGAAGGCCCACAACCCAAUAUUUCUAUGGAUAUUAGGCAAAGCCAGGACCGUAUCCAAGACUUUAAGUCUAGUUUGCAAAGAAGUUUGAAUCCUAACCAGAAGCAAAAUCCUAAGAAAUCAAAAGAGCCAGAUAUGUCAAACCCUUUGGAUUCGGAUCUAGAGGACUUUGAAGGUGGUGAAGAAUACAGCCUCAGCUCGGUAAAUAUCAAAAAGAGGACUAAAAAGAAGAAAGCGAAGAAGAAAAGUAUUCACAGUCAGAUUGCCAAAUGAGUCAGGUUAUUAAAAUAAGACCAAAGCAAUUACAGACGAAUAUUCGGUUAUUUUCAACAAGAUAUCAUCAAAUGCUCCUCAAAAUCUUUCAAUGCCAACUAAAUGUAGGCUGAAUGUGGAGAAGGAGGGGCUACAGUUACAUAAGAAUAUCAUUACAAUGAUAACAGAGGUGUUAGAAAGUAACAACUUGAAGCAGGUUGAGGAUGUAAUCUCUCACAAUCUAGUUGGUUCUCUUCCAAAACAAAAAGAGUACAACAAAAUGAUGGAAGAAGUAAAGACCAAGAUCCAUGAGCGCAAUUUCAACAAGUUAGACCCAGUUCAAGAGAUAGAGGAUGAGGAUUCCUCUGAAUUUGAAUCGAAGCCAGUAGAAGAUCAAAGAGAUGAAGGUGUUCUCUUCAACCAAAAAUACCUGAAAAAUACACAUCCUUCCUUCAUUAGUUUUAAUAAUCCUCAGUAAAGGGA